AUGGCAACUGACAUCCAUCCCUUCGACCCGCUGCGGCCUGAAGAAAUUACCCGAGUCGCAGAAACUGUGCGGCCCGCGUUCGCAGGUCAGGGACUUAACUUUCGUGUCAUUACUCUCAAAGAACCCCCGAAAGCUGAAAUGAUAGACUUCCUCGAGAGUGAGCAUCGCAAACAGCUAGAAGUAAAGAGGCCCUCGCGUUGCGCACGAGUCGAAAUGCUGGUCAAGAGUCAAACCGGAAAACACGAAUUGCAUGAACUUCUCGUCAAUAUCGAUGAAAGCAAGAUCAUGAGAAAAAAGAAUCUUGUAGGAAAGCAUUCCUAUAUUGAUUCAGCGUACAUGAAAGCAGUGGAAGCCGCUUGUCUCGCCGAUGAUAAAGUGCAAGCGGAGAUCCGCAAGUUAGAUCUACCUCCGGGAUCAACAGCAAUUGUUGAACCUUGGGCAUAUGCAACUGAUGGCAUGAAUGAUAUGUCAGAGCGCAUCACCAUGUGCUGGUUCUACUGCCGUCAUUUCGAUCAUCCGGAUGUAAACUAUUAUGCUUACCCCCUCGAUAUAUGUGCUGAGAUAUCAGAACAACUUGAAGUGAUUCGAGUUUAUCGCCUACCGGGAACGACAGACGAAGAAAUCAACAAUGAUGAUCGCCCCUACGACCGCCGCAAAAUACACGCAACUUCAUCCAGCGAAUACCAUCCUGAUCUACGGCCAGAGCCGCGAUCUACAACCAAGCCCUACCAGGUGGUGCAGCCUGACGGCCCAUCGUUCCAAAUUCGGGGUAAUCAGGUGAAUUGGGAAAAAUGGAGCUUCCGCGUCGGAUUCAACUAUCGAGAGGGCCUAACGCUUCAUGAUAUACGGUAUGAUGGCAGGAGUCUUUUCUACCGCCUCUCUCUAGCCGAAAUGUUUGUUCCUUACGGCGACCCACGCGCUCCAUAUCCACGAAAGGCUGCUUUUGACCUGGGCAACGAUGGCGCCGGAAUCAACGCAAAUAACCUGCAACUCGGCUGUGAUUGUUUGGGUACCAUUAAAUACUUUGAUGCCUGGCAUAAUACUCAAUCCGGAGAGCCCAUGAAACUACCCAAUGUUGUUUGCUGCCACGAACAAGAUGAUGGCAUCCUAUGGAAGCACACCAACUUUCGUACCGGCAAUGCAGUCGUCACUCGGUCACGUAUCCUCGUACUGCAGACAAUCAUCACAGUCAGCAACUACGAAUACAUUUUUGCAUUCCAAUUCGCUCAGGAUGCAUCCAUCUUCUAUGAGGUUCGAGCAACUGGGAUUCUCUCCACCGUACCACAUCAUCUAGAUCAGAAGGACAAAGUUCCAUACGGCACAGUAGUUGCACCUGGCGUUUUGGCGCCUUAUCAUCAGCACCUAUUCAGCCUUCGUAUCGAUCCGGCCAUUGAUGGACAUCAAAACACCCUGUCAAUCGAAGAAUCCCAUCCUAUGCCCAUUGAUGAUCCGACAGUCCGUAACCCAUUUGGAGUAGGUUAUUACGCUGUGAAUCGCAACGUCGAGAAGGAGGGCGGUUUCGAUCUAGACAUUAGCAAGGGUCGAGUCUUCAAGUUUAUUAACGAAAACAAGAUCAACCCGAUCACUGGAAUACCUGUCGGAUUCAAGUUGCUUCCCCAGCCAAGUCAGAUGCUACUUUCGCAUCCGGACUCAUAUCAUGCAAAACGAUCCGAAUAUACCCAACAUGCCGUCUGGGUUACUCAUUAUGAAGACGACGAUCUCUUUCCAGCAGGCCGAUAUACAAUGCAGUCUUCAGGCGGCGAUGGUAUUGCUUCACGUAUUCAGGAGCGAAAUACGUUGUGUUCUCCCAGAUCGGUGAGGAACGCAGAUAUCGUUGUUUGGCAUACAUUUGGAUCCACUCACAAUCCACGGAUAGAGGAUUGGCCUGUCAUGCCGAAUGAAAAAAUGAUAGUUGGCCUCAAACCAGUCAACUUUUUUACCGGCAACCCGGGAUUAGACGUACCCGUGUCAACUCAAGAGAAGAAUAAGAGUGUUUUAUACACAGAAGGGUUGGAGCAGAAGACAGAUAUAUGUUGUGGAACCCGCCUGUGA